AAGAAUGCAACACAACCCAAUAACCGGAGGUAGGCAGCAUAACAUGAUACAUGCGCACAGCCUACCAGAAAUAACUUGAAGAAGAAGACGUCAUCUUCCGGCUACGAGUUCAGCUAUGUCUGUUGUGUUGUGGUUGUCAUUACCUUAUCCUCGUCCGAGCUGAGAAUGUAAACUGUAGAAGUGUAAACCUAACGUAUUUAUUAUAUGUCUAAUUGCUAUUAGCUCAGGUCAGCACGCACGGAAUAGUAUGGCCAUGUGUCUGGUGUCGGUUUGAGAUCAUUUUGUUAUUCUACGACAACGUCGCUAGCAAUGCUAGCUAAGAUUAAAGAGUGCGUGGUUCCAAUGUCGUGCAAUACCGACACCGUGGAGUGGAGCGAGCCAACUGGACAGGUUCGCUUUGUUAUCAUAAAUGAAUUGCCCGCUGGUAGCAUCGACUCUGCAGUGAUUCCAUCAAUCCAGAAUUUGCUGGUCAACAAUGGAGAGGCAGGAGAAGGCUUUUGUUGCGCCGAGUGUCUUGCUCUAUUUCAAGACCAGAGCGACACAUUCAAGGCCGGAGGGCUAUUUUUUAUCCUCGAUUUUCCCGCAAGCAUGGGCAUCCCUGAGAGAGCACUCUUCACACUGCCCAAUGGCCUAACAGUGGGCCGUUCCAGUAUUCCUGGCACAGGCGUUGGGGUCAUCAAUCACGGGCCCGAACUUGCUCCCGGAAUGCAUUUCGGACCAUUUGAAGGCGAAGAGACAAGCAUGGAGAACGCUAUCGCAAGUGAUUACUCCUGGGAGAUUUACAAAGAACAAGAUGCUUAUAAGUACAUUGAUGCCUCUACAGUGUCUCUGUCAAACUGGAUGAGGUACAUCAACCGUGCUCGCAACAGGGAUGAGAGCAACCUACUUGCAGUGCAGUACAAAGACAGUAUCCUGUACCACUGCUGUCGCAGCGUACAAGCUGGAGACGAACUGUUGGUAUGGCCCAGUGGCGAGCUGCUAGCCCAUUUCAGCAGUGCCUGGCUGCAAAUGUGGGUGACCAAGUUACAGACUGCAGCACAGAGGAUCUCCCCUCCUGAAUCCCAGCUCUUUGUGUGCAUCCACUGUCAGCUGACCUUCACCACCGAGACUUUCCUCCAACGACACGUCGACUGUUUCCACUCAAAUCAAGAGCUGGAAUCCCAUCCUAACGAAACCGUGGCAGAAAAUCCCGCUGCCGAUGCCGAGGUCUCUGCUCCUGCUCUGAUAUUACGUUCAGACGAUGCCGUCCCGACCACGGUCUGCUCUGACUGCAACAAGGUAUUUAAGCAGGCGUCACACCUAAAGCGGCACAAGCUGUCUGUACACGGCAACAGGCGCCCCUACUGCUGCCCGCUGUGCCAGCGUAGCUUCAGCCAGGCUUCGGGUUUUAUUCGACACCAGCUCGUUCACAGCAAGCCUAGCGGGACGAGCGAGAGGACAAAUGCAGCAGAAAACGGCGAGCAGGUCAGUGGCUCCCAAGAAGAGGCUUCCAACACGUUGGAUUUAACAACAACAGAGCAGCUGAGUGACGCCGUGAACGGGACUGCAAGUGCGCUAGGCGAACCUGAAGCAGAUGAGCAGCAGUACGUUUGUUCCGAGUGUGGGAAAAUAGCCCGCAACAAAGCGUCCCUCAAGAAGCACAAGACGCUGGUGCAUGACCGGCCUCAUCCGUACGUGUGCUCCCUGUGCAAGCGGUGCUUCGGUCAAUACAGCGACCUCACCCGCCACCUGCAGCGUCACCGCACAAGACGCAAAGGCCGCUCAGGAGCACGCAGUUUAUCUAGGUUGCCUGCUGAGAUGCCCUUUAGCUGUGCUGAAUGUUUGGUUGAGUUCUCCACUGUGGACCUCCUCCAGCUGCACGUCGAUUCCAGUCACCCCGAGGAGAGCCGAGAGGAGAACGACCCCGAUUUUGUCCCGCAACCUUCAGAAGCGGCCGAUGAAAUUCUUCCCUGUACGAGACCACGACGACACCUUGCUAAGUCCAAAAUUUUCACCGGUACCCAGCCCGUCACUCCCAAGCCAAAAGAGAGCCAGGACGGCAGCGAGGAGAUCACAAAGCGUAAAUUCUUCUGCUGCAACCACUGUAACCAGAGUUACGCCAACUCAGACGAGCUGCGAGCGCACAAAUGCAGUCAACAGCGCCACGUGUGCGCUACCUGCGGCAUGACUUUUGGCAAGUUGGUCUUCCUGCGCCGCCACCAGCAGACCAAGCAUCGUAGCGAACCGCCGUGCCGCUGCGAGCACUGUGGCAAGGACUUUAUCACAUCCACUGGCUUGGAACAGCACCGACGCACAAACACCUGCAGGAAGUAUUACUGUGACACAGAGGUCUUCCCUUGCACUCACUGUCAGUUCUCCUUUACCACCAAGAGCUUCCUGGCAAAGCACGUCCGCAGGCACCACCGACUAGAAGAGUACCUGGAUGACGUCCCAGUGGAUGAGCUGAAGGAGGAACAGGAUAAGGUGUUGAUGUGUCCCAAAUGCAACGGCGCCUUCACCAACACCAAAGCUUUUAAAAGCCACUCCUGCUUUCAAGAGGUGAAGGUGCUCUCCUUGUGUACUGACUGCGGCAAAGGCUUCAGUAACCCCUAUGGUCUCAAGCAGCACCAACGUACGCACACGGGUGAAAAGCCGUACGGCUGCCCGCAUUGCGCCAAGAGCUUUGCGCACUCGGGACAACUCAACGUGCACCUGCGCACGCACACGGGGGAGAAGCCGUACCUCUGCACACAUUGCGGGGAAAGCUUUCGCCAGUCGGGUGACUUAAAGCGGCACGAGCGCAAGCACACAGGCGUGCGGCCCCACCAGUGCGAAAUGUGCCCCAAGAGCUUUAGCCGCCCGCACAGCCUCAAGGCGCACCGCCUGCUGCAUAUGGGAGAGCGCAUGUUUACAUGCGGCGAAUGCGGGAAGAGCUUCUCCAGGAACUAUCAUCUGCGCAGGCACCACCAAAAGAUGCACACGUAAGGGAAGACACAUUUUAUUUUUAUGUUCAAGCAGGCUUUGUUCAGAUCGGCUAUUGUUAGGAUAAUCAAAUUUGAUUUCAGUACAGAUGGACACUAUUUUGACCACAACUACGAGGUGCUAAUGAUUCCAUCUCAAGCUAGUUUGCCGUCUAAAGUAGUAAUUCCCAACUCACAUUCUGUGAAAGGUCAUCAGGUAUGCUGCCAGAAAUUAUUCAAUCUUGUUUAUUUGGUCUGAAAAUUAUUUAAUGGAAAUAACGUCUUUGUUCAUCUGUCUAUACCAGCUACACGUAGUGACAAGAAAUUUUAAAUGAUUGAUUCCAUUUCUAGUUAAAAAUCUGACAGUCUAGUGAACAUUCAAUUACACUUACUUUGGAUGCUUCUUAUGACUGUGUCAAUAAACUCAUAAUCAUGACAUGACACCUGUCGUGAAUAUGAAUAAAUGCUCUUGAAAGAUUGGGUGAUCCUCAUGAAGCUAACUUUAACUAUGUAUGUCUGUGAGGAUUUUAGGGAUAUAGUCAUGAAACCCUGAAAUAUUUCAUUUUCAGUUGAAAGAUAUGUUUAUUAUGUGGCCCAGUCCACCAGAUGUUACCAAAAUAGUAUUUUUUUAAACUGCUUUUACAGUAGUAAAUUCAUUACGUUAAUGUUUCCAUGAAAAGCUUUGUUUUGACCUCAAUACAAAAAUACAGGAAGUUCAGAAUUUUUCACACCAGGUUUAAUCUUCGAGUUAGUGGGGGUUUGAUUAGUCUGCAGAGUUUAUUUCAACAAAUUCCGUGCAGUUAUUUAUUAGUUUCAGGGCACCGGAGCGGCUAAGCUAGCGCGAGUCAUUGGGCACGUCCUAGCAUGCCAAUAAAUAAAUUUUUUAAAAAUGCACGCAUGAAAAUCACAGAUGACCCAUGCAAUCAAUUGCGUUGGCUAUGUUUUCAGGAUGAAGUUAUUAAAACUUACCAUCGCAUCUCAAUAACUGCAGUAUGAACAGCAACAUUUGUAAUCCAAUAGCUCUGUAGGUAACAGGCUGCAGAGCGGAGUGAUAUUUUUUUCACGGGUGUGUUUAUGUCGUAGACAGCAGGCAGUAUCCACAGUUUCUAUUGUUCCUCGUUCUUCAUAGGGAAUUUGUGGAAACUCUUAAUUUGCCCAUUUCUUUUGUCUGUUUCCUCUAAAUGCACGUUUUACUAUGUUGCCGUUCUUCAGUCAAGACUCCGUAGACUGACGCUGCAUUCGUGGAUGGUGGUAAGUCGGACUUUUCCAACCGCUCUUCCAGAAAAAAUAUCAUUGAAACGCCACUUGAACUGGAAGACCCUUGUUGCGAAGUCAGGAAAAAAAAGUACUCCGACUUCACGAGUUGCUUCAAUCAUACGUCACUUGACAAAAUGCGCUGCCCGCGUUCCAUUGAUCUGCAUUUUGAAUUUGACAAUGUUAGAUCUGUAAAUAGUUUUUUUAUUGGCAUGCUAGGAAGAGACCAUUCACUCACGCACGCUUAGCCACUCUGCAGCCCUGUAAUUAAUAAAUAACUAACAAACUGCACGGAAUUUCUUGUAAUCAACUCCACCGACUAACUAAACCUCCACUAAAUUAUAGAUUAAGCCUAAUGUCAAAAGUUCUAAACUUCCGCUUUAAAAAUAAUAUAUUGCUUGAAACGAUAUAAUUUAACAAAUUAUGAUAAGAUCUAAUGGCUUCUUACUUUAUAUUAAAAAAAAAAAAAUUUUUUUUUUAAAUCUAGUGUAUAAGCAUGCAGCUUUCAUUACUGUUGCACUGUGUUUAUGAUCCCAUCAUAAUAAGUGUUAACAUUAUUUGGACCCAUAAUGCACCACAUGAAGGCAAGACAAAAGAUUGCUGCAAGUGAAAAUGUUUUGCCCUUUUUUGAUAUUGUGAAUAUAUCAUGACGAUGACGUGUAAUAUUACAUGUGUUUUAGAUUUUAAUCAAUUAGAAAUUUAACUGAAAAUAAAAGGAAGCUCAAACUUGAUUAAAAAAAAAAAAGAAGUCAUUUUAGCAUUCUGCUAUUUUAAGCUAGCGUCAGUAAAUACCUUCAUUAACGUAAUGCAUAGCUUUCAUGAGAAUCACCAGAUGGCAUUAAGUGUCAUUCAGUAAAUUAGGUCACUUUUGAUGCAAAGUUGACUUCAAAUAUCUUUGGUAUAGGAUACUUAAUGACUUAUGUCAAAAGCAUUCAUGAUCAUUACAGACUUAUGACCCUGUAAUAAGCAGCAUUCAAAUAGUGUUACCCAGCAUUCGAUUGUUCUUCGUCAGUACAUGUUGCUGGUAUAGUGGUUACCGUAGUUUAUUGUGGAAUUUCAUGUGACCAAACCCAGGAAACAGUUUUGCUGACUUACUUUGCAGGCAGCCAAAUGACUGUAUAUGAACUAUGUUACAGGUUGAACCCAAACUUGCGAAAAUG